AGCUCGAUCGACAAGUCUGUUCUACGACCUUCAGUUGUUGUGAAGACAUAGAGGGUCUUGAAUAGCCUAGUGGUGCUGAUCUGGUAUGCCGAAGCCAUUGAGCGAGAUCGCCCUUCCACAGUUCUACAGCCACACCUUUGCAACAAUGCAAGGUCUCUAGUUGUGGAUGGCGGGUGCUUUACCUAAAGACCGCGCUAUGAGAAACCACAAUAGCAAGGUGUGGUGUGGUUGUUGUGGAUCUGUGGCUUGCGACGCGUUGAUUUAAAUAGGGACGCGACGUUUGGCGGAACGUUAGGCUUAUUUCCUCCUUUAAAUCUCCAUCUCCACAUCUCGACCUCCUCGUUAACAUGCGGACAUUCAAUUCAAAAGUUGAUUCACCAUCGGUCUCAGCUACUACUGAUGUACUACGGAAACUUUUGGAUCCGAUUGUAGGCGAGGACUCGGGCCUUCAAACCGUCAGGAACGGUGUUAGCUAUCGCCAGCCGCAACUCGUCGAAGAGAAGGCCGAUGUCAUUCAGUCCAACACUUGUCGCGGAAGCUUUUCAUCGCCUAUUUCGCACUUGCCGACUGAAAUUCUUUCGGAAAUCUUCCUUUACUGUCUGCCCGAAGACGAGCAUUUGGUGCAUGCAUCAAGACAGGCUCCUAUCCUAUUGACCAAGAUAUGUCGCCGAUGGAGGGAGGUUGCUGUGGGCUUGCCCAUGUUAUGGUGCAGGCUGCAGUUGGAAGUCGGGUACGAUGACUGGCAGCAGAGAGCUUUCUGCUAUGACUUCUGGCUCAAGCGAUCAGGAGGAUGUCUGCUCUCAUUGAGACUCAAGACUCGCACUGACUGGAGCGAACCACGAAGCCUGCUCCAGCCAUAUGUUCAGCAAAUCUCGUCUCUCUCGCUCGACUUCCUAUCCUGCGAUAGCCCCUUCAUGAUGGAAGACUUCCACGCACUCAAGGAACUUACGAUACGCCAAUACGUUCUUUAUGAUCUUGCGCGAGCUACUAGCCACACACUCUCGAAACUGCCGUUUAAUCUGCGUAGGAUUAACAUGUUGGAUCUAUGCUUCAACCGGGAGCAAUUAGAUUUCUUCACUGAUUCCGCAUGGGCCCGUCUCACCCAUAUCGAGAUCAGCAUAGAUGGACUGGAUGCAUUCACCCGCAUACUCCGUCUAUGUCCCAAUCUCCGUUCCCUGACGAUGAUUGGAGAAUUCUACCCCAUCCAGACUCCAGAACCAGUCAUGCACGCCAACCUUCAGUCUUUACGCAUGUCUUGGAGUGUACUUUGGAACACAGAAGAGGAGGACCUUGGCCUAUUCAACGUUAUCACACUCCCCAACCUUCGCGUACUUGAAGUUAGUAAUGCGGGGUGGUGGCCACAUAGAUCGUUUAUGGAAUUUUUGACGCGGUCAAAAUAUCCCCUGGCAGAGGCUGAUUUUCGGCAACGGAGUGUGGACGACAGAACGGGAACGAGCAGAAUAUGCUACCCUCGUUCCUUCGUUCGAAUUUAUUGCAGAUCCUGAAAAGCAACUUAGAUGUAGAUGAUGAAUAGAAGAACCGAUAUCUCUAUGCGAUUUUUUUUUGUUUAAACAGAUGUCGUUAGCUCCCUAUUUCAUGAAAUGAU